AUGUCGACAACUCAACCGGGCAUGUUCCAAUGUGGUUCAUGCAAGAAGAAUUACAAGCGCCUUGAUCAUCUAGCUCGUCACGUGCGCUCCCAUACACAGACGAAACCUUACAAGUGCCACGUCUGUCCAAAAGCUUUCACAAGACCUGACCUCCUCAAGAGACAUGUCUCUGGUCACGGCUCCCAAGCUGGGGAAGGUUCAGUGUCUGAUCAACCCCGGUUCAUGCCGGGAAGGGUAGGCAAGGCUUGUAAAGCUUGUUCAUCGAAUCAUUUACGGUGUAGUGAUGAGAAGCCCUGUCGGAGAUGCCAAGAGAAGGGCAUUGAGUGCAAGUGGAAUGACCCAAUGGAGAUGGACGCAGACUAUGCCUCGCCUGAGGAACAGCAGGAUGAGUCCAUGUUUUCACAAGAUAAUGGAUCUUCCAUCACUGCUUUUGGAGACGAAACAAAUAUCGGGACGUCUGGUUCGUCGGUGAUGGGUCAGCCGUCGCUGGAUAUCUUGACGCCUCAAACAACGCAGAGCUUGUUCCAAAAUCUCGACCCAUCCUUGAAUCCACCAACAGACCCUCUAUCCUUCCAAUUCCCCGACCUCAACCUCCUAUCUGGCACUUGGGCCUCUACCACCAACGAUGUAGAGAUGUUCUCCUACAAUGAACUCGACGACAUUGACCUACGAUUCCUUGACUCUUAUAAUACAUCCAUCCCCUUCGAGAUACGGAGUAUCCAGCCGACACCAAGAGGAGCCCAGACACCACGCGCUGCAUCACAUACCGACCCUGGUGAGCCAGCCGCCAUGUGUACCGAAGCGUUCCAGAAUUCGCAUUGGAAGUUCAGGCCCAACGCAAAGGACCAUGCAGGUGCUGAAGAACACAACCUUGCUCUCCCUGCUACUGAUUCAGCUUAUCCUUCUCCCGAGUCUGGCGUCGCUUUAGAUUUGAAUACAAGGGUCACUUGUGCCAAGCUUGAGGGGCCUGCACGAGACAGAAUCUUGAUGAUGGUUGUGAGCAGUUGUCGGUCGGAUCAUCUCUCAAAAGCAGUUGCAUCAUUUCCCUCUGCCGAGUUGCUGGAUACUCUUCUCCAGUUUUACUUGACCUCAUCUGUCACGCAUGCUACCGCUUUUAUCCACGCGGCUUCUUUCAAUCCCAAUGAAAAGAGACCAGAGCUGGUUGCCGCCAUGGCCGCUUGUGGUGCAGUCUUGACGUCCGACCCAGCACUAUCGAAGCUCGGCUACGCUAUACAAGAAUGCCUUCGAGUUGCUGUGGCUAAGCACUGGGAACGCGAUAACACUACCGUCCGAGACCUCCAACUCACCCAAGCGUUUCUGAUUAUCUUGGAAAUGGGCAUUUGGAGCGGCAUACCGAGGAAAGUCGAGAUAGCAGAAAGCUUCUUCAAUCCUGUUCUGACCAUGAUGCGCCGCGAUGGAAAAUUCAAAAGAUCAGCGUACUCGGAUCACAAAUCUGUCGGACCCCGUGCUUCACGUCAAGAUUGGCUGGAUUGGAUACAGCACGAAUCAUUUAAACGCGUUGCCCUACGAAUGCUUUCUCACGAUGCCAACUCUUCUAUGGCGCUGAUGGUCGGUCCAUUGGUCUCUUAUGCAGAGGUUCUACUGCCCUUGCCAGGACAUGCAGAAUUGUGGAUUGCUUCAUCUCCAGAGCAGUGGAGUUCCCUGAUGGCUUCGCGUGUGGACAGUGAACCACUUUACGUUGCAGAUGUCAUUGACGACCCUGACGUCUUAAACAACUUUUCAGGUUCGGUGGACGCUUACGCCGCGAUUCUCGCCGUCCUUGCAUGUACGUGGACCAUGUGCUGGGAAUACCUCCAAAUCGCAUCCCUACAACGAUCUAAACCGCGCCGAUGGAAUACUCUCGUGACAGAGAUGCGGAAAGACGAGUUACUCAAGCUUCUGGGCCAUUUGAAAUUGAGUUUAUCAGCAGAUGCCGCCGCAGACCCCGAGAUCAAAAUGCGUCUUGAGCUUGCAUUGCUGCACCUGCAAAUGCCAUUUGAGGAUAUCCAAAUAUUCGCCGGGAUGGAAGGACCCGAGCGUGCACGCGCAGUAUACCCCAUGGUUCGAGACUGGGCCAAGAGUGAAGCUGCUCGACACACAAUCUACCAUGCGGCUCAAAUCGUGCAAAUCGCCAAAGAAUCUCCCAAAGGCUCCAUGCGCGGGCCCAUGGCUAUCAUACUCUACCACGCCAGUUUGGCUUUUUGGGUGUACGGUUUGUUAUCGGAUCAGUCGCGCGCACUCAGCCAAAACGUGUGUCUCGAUGACGCGGACAGUCUCGCGUUACAACGAUUCAAGGGAUUUGGUCAAGGACAGCCCUGUAUUCGAUGGCAUUCAGAGAUUGAAGGACAAGGAGAAAUCAUGAUGAGCGUGUCGUUGAGUCAACCUAAUAAGGUCAUGGAAGCUGUAAUGGGUGUUGUGAGGAGGAACUUUGCGGGGUUGCCAACACCACAUCUUACAGAAAAAUUGGUGCAGCUUAUGGGGGAGUUGGAGAAUUCUGCAAAGAGAAAGAUGGAUACUUGA